AUGGAAUCAGCUGGGACACAAGGUAAAAAACAAAUCCGCGUGGGUUUUUAUGACAUCGAGGGGACGAUUGGUAAAGGUAAUUUUGCAGUUGUUAAAUUGGCUCGGCAUCGAAUUACCAAAACUGAGGUAGCUAUUAAAAUAAUCGAUAAAACACAACUGGACUCGACAAACUUGGAGAAAGUCUACCGCGAAGUGGAGAUAAUGAAGCAACUGGAGCACCCGCACAUUGUUAAAUUGUACCAAGUUAUGGAAACUAAAAACAUGAUUUAUAUGGUGUGUGAGUACGCGAGCAAAGGAGAAAUAUUUGACUACAUUGCUCGGUACGGCAGAAUGGGAGAGUCUCGUGCACGUGCGACAUUUGCCCAAAUUUUAUCCGCGGUUGAGUAUUGCCACAACACCGGGGUGGCUCAUCGUGAUUUAAAAGCGGAAAAUUUAUUGCUUGACGCUCACAUGAACGUUAAAAUAGCGGACUUUGGGUUUAGCAAUCGAUUUGUACCCGGUGAGAGACUGAGCACGUGGUGCGGAAGUCCUCCUUAUGCCGCGCCGGAAGUCUUUCGCGGCAAACAUUACGCUGGACCUGAAAUCGACGUUUGGAGUUUGGGAGUCGUCUUGUAUGUUUUGGUCUGCGGAGCGCUGCCCUUCGACGGAUCGACGCUUCAGUCUUUACGUGAUCGUGUACUGAGUGGGCGAUUUAGGAUUCCAUAUUUCAUGAGUACUGGUAAAUAUUAUCCAUUGCGAAAGCCUAAUACGCAAGAUGUUAGUCUUGGAGCCAACAAAACGCUACACAAUUCCACAAAUAAAGAGGCAUCGUUGGCUCAUUGGCACUACUGAUUCCGUCUGUCCAAUUAUCACCACGACACCAUCAGCUCUGCAGGAGCCUAAUGAACAAAUAUUGAGACUUAUGCAUGGUUUAGGAAUUGAUAUAUCUCGUACCAAAGAUUCACUGAAAAACAACAGCUACGACCAUCACGCCGCCAUAUACUUUUUGUUGCUCGAGAGACUGAAGCAACACCGUAGUAGCAGUAGUAUACCAACGAAUAACAGCAGCGGUGCGUGGCCUGUGUCACGGACUAAAGACGAUAAGUUUAAGUCAAGAGCCAGAGAUGACGGCAGAAGUGGCAAGAGAUUCAGCUCAACGAGUUCAUCGACCGAUGAAGGGUGCUGCAGCGCCGAGGGCGAUCUCGAGGAGGGUCCGAGCGGAGACGAGCUCAGAGAGGCUCAAAUUAAACUCCAGGAGCACAGGCUGGGCUUGGAUCAAGACAUUAGCCAGAGAAUUGACAGCCAGAUCGUUAAUCGCCGGCUGAGCGAUUAUCAACAUCACCACUUUGACAAUAUCCUGGAUCCUAUUGAUCCGCCGAGUCGGGCGACUAUUUUUGGAGCGGGCAGCUCCUCUUCAGACUUGUUUGAGUCUAGUUUUGAUUCGGGCUGUCCGUCUGAUUUGACUAUCACCGGAUUUACAAGCAGUCUACCGUCUUGCACUCCGCCUCCGCCAAAAAGCCCCUCGCCGAUUGCGGCAAGACUCUCUAGGACUGGUCAAGGAAGACGGGCGUCUGAUGGUGGGCCCAGGCUGCUGUUUGGACAGCAGAAUAACUCCGCGGAGAGACCUACCAAGCAGCGAAGCAUCCAAGAUUCAGGAAAAGCUCGAGGUCACCUAGACCUGGUCCACCUCCGACCAAGCUCAACGUCUCCGAGCCAGCAGCCGUUUAAAAUCCGUGCGGAUUCGAGCAUGCACUUGCAGCUGAUGGUGCAACAGCGAAUGCUGCAGCAAAAAAGGAACAUGUACCACAGGCAUCGCGGUGGCGUAAGUCCCACUCCAUUGUCCUCCGCGGACGGCAAAGUGUCUUCAUCCUCAUCGACCUCACUGGCGAGGCGCAGCAACGUCGUCACCGGGGAGCACGUGCCUCGACAAGACAGCUACAAGCUGGCCCAGCGCAAGCAAAUUUUGCCUCCUUUGUCCCAAGUCCAGGAUGACGAUCCCACUGAUGAAUUUGAUCGCGAGCGAGAGCGCGAAGAAGAACGAUGGACUAGUUUACCCUCUAGACUUGCGACUGAUUGCCAAUUGGCUGAACGUACAUUGCUUUGGAGUCAACAGGUAACUCCUUGA